AUGUGGACCCCCAGCCGGAGGCAGCUGUGCCUGGUCUUCUUGCUGGUCUGUGUGCUCUCCACCGGCUCCUUCUUUUUCCACCUGCAUGGAAGAAACUUCUUUCGAAAUGAGCUAACUCUCUCUCUCCUGUGUCCAGACUACCACCUGCUGAAGUCCCCAGUGGCCAUGGUAUGCCUGCCCCGCCCAUUGCAAACAGUCAAUGCCUCCCCUUCCUGUCCCGGACAAUUCUCCUCACUCUCUGGGACUUGGACCAUCUCCCCAGGAGGCAGGUUCGGUAACCAGAUGGGGCAGUAUGCCACAUUGCUGGCCCUGGCCCAGCUCAAUGGCCGCCAAGCUUUCAUCCAUCCUGAGAUGCAUGCCACCCUGGCCCCAGUGUUCCGCAUCUCCCUGCCCGUGCUAGACCCUGAGGUGGACAGCCUCACGCCUUGGCAGCAUUUAGUCUUGCAUGACUGGAUGUCAGAGGAGUACUCCCACCUGGAGGACCCCUUCCUCAAGCUGUCCGGCUUCCCUUGCUCUUGGACCUUUUUCCACCACCUCCGGGAACAGAUCCGCAGGGAGUUCACCCUGCAUGACCACCUUCGGGAGGGCGCCCAGCACCUGCUGAGCGGGCUCCGUCUGGGCCCCUCGGGCAUCCGCCCUCACACCUUUGUGGGUGUCCAUGUGCGUCGUGGGGACUAUCUGGAAGUCAUGCCCAAUCGUUGGAAAGGUGUAGUGGGUGACCAAGCUUACCUGCAGCAAGCCAUGGACUGGUUCCGGGCCCGACACAAAGACCCCAUCUUUGUCGUCACCAGCAAUGGCAUGAAAUGGUGUUUGGAGAAUAUUGACACAGCCCACGGUGAUGUGGUCUUCGCUGGCAAUGGACAAGAGAGUACACCGGGGAAAGAUUUUGCGCUGCUUACACAAUGUAACCACACCAUCAUGACUAUUGGUACCUUUGGCUUCUGGGCCGCCUAUUUAGCUGGUGGAGACACUGUCUACCUCGCCAACUUCACCCUGCCAGACUCAGAAUUUCUGAAGAUCUUCAGGCCUGAGGCAGCCUUCCUUCCCGAGUGGGUGGGCAUUAAUGCAGACCUGUCCCCACUUCAGGCUCAGGUUGACCCUUGGGAGCUAGACAGUCUUUUAAGAUUGGUUUGA